GUUCCGGGGUCCACGUUCCGUGGAGCCAGCCGGGAAACCACCAUUGUUAACACUUUAACUGGGCAUGCCAUGUUCAAUACCCCGUUCCACUGCAUCUGAUGACGUUCCUGCUGUAUAAAUGACCGAGCAUGGAUACUUGCUGGAGUUUAUUAAAUGAACAAGGCAUACUCUCUUGGGAGCUUAGCCUAUUUCCCAGUUCUGAAUGUUAGCAUCUGAAAAUGCCUGUAGAUGAUGAAGCAGCUGAAGAGGACUCGGAUUCAAUUUCUUCAAACAGUGAAAGAACCUACAUUUCCAAAUAAGAGAGUAUAACAGUUUCUGUACACUAUGGAAGAUUUUGACUUGGUGAAAACCUUACCCAAAACUUCAUCUUCUGUAGACUAUGAUAUGAAAAAUCCCCCCCAUUCUCUUGGACUGAACUUAAGUACUAAUAGAAGUAGUCCCCACCUUAGUACAAAUGGGGUGUCCUCUUUCUCAGGGAAGACCACACCGUCUGUAAUCCAAGGUACAGUAGAAGUCCUGUCCUCUUUAAUGCAAGAACUACAAAACAGUGGAAAGGCUGACGCGGAACUUUGGAAAAACUCUGAGACCGGGUGGUUACAGUUAUUCAGUUUGGUGGAAAAACAAUGUCAAGAACAAAUCGUCGCCCAGCAGGAGCAGUUCCACAGCCAAGUUCAACGUAUUCAGGAGGAGAUCAGAAAUUUAGUCAAGUUGCAGACCGGCAAUGCUUCCUGGGCUUCCUUUGAUAGUUCUUUAAACAGACAAGUAUCUUCAGAAAGUCCAAUGGGUUUUUUUUCUGAAAACAGUGAGAGAAAUGAAUCUGUCAUCAGUUACCCUAAGUGAGAACCUGAAAUGCAGCAAGAAACCUCUGCAUCCCAGCCAGACUGCAGCGUGGACGGCGGCUCUGUGAGCAGCGGGUAUGGUACCUUCAGUGUCUCCGAGCUAAACACCUGCAAGUGUGAGGACCGUAAGGAGUGCAUGGAGCACAGAGAGGGGGCCCUGGGACCGCAUGGGACCCCGGCGCUGCAGGCCCAGCCACUCACGGAGGCUGCCACAGCCACGAGUGGCCCCACGCGGGCUGCCGACGACUUCUGUGCACCUUUCAAGGAAGAUACUUCCAUUUUCCAUGGUGAAUUUGAACACGCUUUUCUUGGUGAAAAGAUUUCUGAAGUGUACAGUGGAAAAACAAACAGUAAAUCUGUGACAUCAUGGGCUGAAAAGCUGAAGCAGAACCAACCAAAGCGAGCACACAUGGAGGAUUCAAAUCCCACCCUCGGGAGCGAGGAGGCCAGGAAGCCCCCCGCCGGGAAGUCUGAUUGCACUGCUGCUGCCCGUCCACGUGCUUUUUACCUCUGUAAGCCAGAGGGAAGGCCACAGGCUUGGACGUCUAAUUCAGGAGCAGGAUCGAUCUGCUGGGCGCUGGAGGAGAGCCACACACGUCCCCGUCUGCCCCGGACUUUAGAGGAAGCCUUCGCACCACCCCCUGAGGAGUUGUCUGAGAACCAGUUUAAUACUGGUAAUGAGAUGACGCUACCAUCACUGAAGGAAAUUUAUCAUAAAAAACAAAGGGAAAACAAGCAGUUCCCUGAGAGGAACCUCACUUCUGCUUCCAGCCCAAAUCAUCCGCCAGAGGUUCUGACUCUGGACCCAACGAUCCACAUGAAGCCACAGCAGCGGGGGGUGGGGACUCAGCCCCCAGACUUCGGGGAUGCCCUCGACGCUAGGACAGCCUUCUCGCCAGACUCUGUUCUAGAACCCAGCAUGUCUAGCCACUCUGAUAUAGACUCAUUUUCACAAGCAAGUAACAUCACUUCUCAGUUACCUGGAUUCCCAAAAUAUCCUUCAAAUUCAAAAGCUUCGCCAGUGGACUCCUGGAAAACUCUUGGCUUCCAAAACGGAAGCAGGACCAGUUCCUUUGCUUCCGCGUGCACCAUCACUGGUAGCGACACCUCGGUCAACACCGUGGAGGAGGGAGACACUGUCAUGGUAACUGCAGCCUCGGUCGGUCAGUCCCAGCUUCCAGGUACAGCCAACAGUGCCCCAGAAUGCGUUUCAUUGACUUCCCUGGAAGAUCCUGUCAUAAUGUCUAAGAUUAGACAGAACCUCAAGGAGAAGCAUGCUCGGCACAUAGCAGAUCUUCGUGCUUAUUACGAAUCAGAAAUAAAUAGUUUGAAACAGAAACUAGAGGCAAAAGAAAUUUCUGCAGUUGAAGAGUGGAAGAAAACCAAUCAAAUUCUGGUGGACAGAUGUGGCCAGUUGGACAGUGCUCUUAAUGAAGCUACUAGUCGUGUGAGAACUCUUGAAAAUAAGAAUAACUUACUGGAGAUAGAAGUGAGUGAUUUCAGAGAACGCUUCAGUGCAGCCACCAGUGCCUCCAAAAUUUUGCAGGAACGAAUUGAGGAAAUGAGAACAAGUAAUAAAGAAAAAGACAACACCAUCCUUCGACUGAAAUCUAGACUGCAGGAUUUGGAAGAUGCUUUUGAGAAUGCUUACAAGCUCUCAGAUGACAAAGAGGCUAGACUAAAACAGGAAAACAAAAUGUUUCAGGAUCUCCUGGGAGAGUAUGAGUCCCUCGGGAAAGAACAUGAAAGAGUCAAGGAUACAUUGAACACAACUGAGAACAAACUCCUUGAUGCUCACACUCAGAUCUCCGACUUGAAAAGAACAAUUUCAAAACUUGAAGCUCAGGUCAAGCAAGUAGAGCAUGAGAAUAUGUUAAGUCUUCGUCAUGAUUCUAGAACUCCCAUGAGACCCUCACGUGCCAACACGCUGGCUACCGCGGAUGUCGGCCGGCGCAAGUGGCUGAUCCCGGGGGCGGAGUACUCCAUCUUCACCGGCCAGCCCUUGCACCCCCAGGAGGGCAGAAUGGACCACCAGCUGGAGGAGCCCUGUAUUCCUGGGUCCCGUUCUCCUCCGGAAAAGGAUUCUCCAUCUGCAGUUUCACCAGCAAGCUUAUUGAUAAAGAAACAGAGAGAGACUUCAGACACACCAAUCAUGAGAGCUUUAAAAGAAUUUAAUGAAGAAAAAAUAUUUAAAAACUGGGGCACGCAGACAGAGAAAGAGAGCACUUCCCACAAAUUAGCACAUCUCCGGCAAACUGAAACUUCAAUCAGUGCAAGUCGGUCCCCCGAGAAAUAUGCCCAACAGAGGCCAAAGAGACUUAAUUCCGCCUCGCAGAGGUCGUCCUCCCUACCACCUUCAAACCGGAAACCCAGCACCCCAACGAAAAGAGAGAUUAUGUUAACACCAGUGACUGUGGCUUAUAGUCCAAAGCGAUCCCCUAAAGAAAAUUUGUCCCCAGGAUUUAGUCAUCUGCUUAGCAAAAACGAGAACAGUCCUGUUCGAUUUGAUAUACUUUUGGAUGAUUUAGAUACUGUUCCUGUGACUCCAUCACAACGUACCAACCCAAGAAAGCAACUCCAGUUUCUUCCUCUAGCUGACUUGGAAGAAAAACAAUAUUCAGAAAAAGCUGCCAUCGUCCAUGUGGAUCACGGCUGUUUCCCCGAAGUGCCGCUGGGCGGGGUGAAGGCGGCGUCUGCGCGCUCAGCCUGGGAGAGGAGCAAGCCGGACAGCUGCGAGCCGUGCAGGCCUGAGGCGGCGGCUCACGGUGUUGACUUUGAAUAUACAGCGAAAAUUAGGACCCUUGCUGAAACAGAGCGCUUUUUUGACGAACUUACAAAAGAAAAAGAUCAGAUCGAGGCAGCGCUGAGUCGAAUGCCUUCUGCUGGAGGACGCGUCACUCUGCAGAUGAGAUUAAAUCAGGAAGCCCUGGAAGAUCGUUUGGAAAGGAUUAAUCGAGAACUGGGUUCUGUUCGAAUGACAUUAAAGAAGUUCCAUGUUUUGCGCACUUCUGCAAAUCUUUGAGAUUUGUAGGCAUUAAAUUUUGAGACAUUUUGUUUGCACUAAUGUAUAAUUAUGCACUCAGAAAAGACGCAAAUUAUUUUGUACUGUUUGUAAGCCUUCAAACGGUGGUUUUACAAUCAUGCUAUUCUUACACUUGCUAUUUUAUACUUCAAAUGGCCACAUAUUUUCAAGAUAUUUUUGUUAUGCUCAGGAAUCUCUUGUAUAUUUUACUAUUUAAAAAGUUUUAUUUUUAAAUAGUACAUGUCUCCAAUUUAUAUCAAGAAUAAGAAAAUGUAAACAGGAGGCAGCUUGUUUCUAAACAAAUAGUGUUACCCUUUUACAAUGAACUUUGCACACCGGUUUUAUAAACUUGUUCUACAUUGUGAAUAUGGUUCUUUUUUGACAAUAAAUGCUAAGAGCAGCUUCCAUAAUGAUAGACUAGUACAUGCUGAAUGCAAAAAAAAAAAAAAAUUACAGUGCACACUGAGUUUUAACUGUUUAGUUUUUUAAAAAAAUGUUGAAACCUCUAUCUUAGGGUGAAUAUUAGAAUCGAAAUAAUGGAAAUAUUGCAAGUAAUGGAAUAUUGGAAAACUACAUGGUAAUGCAUUUUGUUUCCUUUAAACUUCAUUAUUGUAAGGAAAGAAAAGUUCUCUCAUUUUGUCAUACAUACAGCACCUUUUGGGAAAAGUCAGCCAAAUGGAGAGCUGUGGCUUUCUGCCCCUCCUGAGUGUACCUUUGCCACCCGCCCUGGCCAGUGAGUUGACAGACCGAACUUUGGUGACACACAGGCCACCACUCAGCGCUGGUUUCCUCAGUGUACUUGGCCUCAGCUAUUGGUCAUGUUGGCACGCAGACGUCGUUAGCCCCUCUGCACCCGCUCCACCCCUUCCACAUAGGAGAGGAACCCCCAGCAGGUGCCAUGGGACACCAGGUUUGGGGCAAGGCCCAGCUCGACUUGUCAACGCCCAGGCAAUGUGUGGGGCUCGGGCUCAUUGCCUUUGACUGGGCCCUGCUGCAGCCUCAUGCCCACUGCCUCACUCAGCACCUCCUGGCUCUCCCGGCAGGGGUGUAGCCUCUCUGCUGGUCAGUUCCAACCCAUGCCCCUGCCCACUUUUUGGUGGCCACUCGAAGCGCUGCCCACAUACCCCAACUGGGUACAUGUUGAUUAACAGGCUCAUCCCAAACCUUCACAGUUGAUUCCCAUUGAAAAUGCUCAGGGUAUAAGUUCUGGUUUCCCUUUGAGCUGCUACUCCCUUGCAUGUGGCUCUCAAUAGCAGGUGUUAGAACCUAGCUGCUAGCCUGACGGGGACCCACGUGUCUUGGAGCGGGAUCUCGUAUACCUUGCGUACCCCUCACCAAAGCGUCGCCUGGCCAAUCUCUAGGCCUGGUCACCAUAGCCAUGCUCCCUUCUCAGCUUGAGAGGACUCUCAGGGAGGAGGGGACCUGACAGCUGCCUCUCUGGCACCUUCUCCAGAACUGAGCCUUUGCUCCUAGUUCCUGAAACCAGUUACCAAACAAGUAAUCAAAAUUACUUGUCAAGAGACUCAAGUGCCUUUAUUCUUGGUAUUUUCCCCUAGCCUUUUCUUCUCUUCCGAUCACCUAGUUGUAGUAAAAAUGUUUGUUUUGAUUGAGCCUCAUAGAGCUUUGUCAAGACCUGAUAAGGGGAUCGACUUUCCGGUAAUAAUCCCUUUGAUGUGUUCUGUAUGUGACAUUAAAAGCUAACCUGGUAUCUCGUUCCUAUGUUUAUUGUAAAACCUGCUACAUACUUAAGAAAAGGAAAUUGCCAUUUCAAAAGAGAUUAUAGUUUUAUCUUGUCAAGGAAUUAUCUUUUUAGUAGUCUGUAUUGGCUUAUUUGAGAAGAGAGAUUAAACCCCAUCAAAAACGUGCCUCUUGCAGAUGCCAUAUGCUUUGAUUGAAGUGUGUAAUAAUAGAUUGGAAGUAUCAGUUGCUUAUUAAAAAGGUGGAAAUUUUUUUUUCUCCCUAGCCAUGAAUGGGGAAGCAAAGGAAAAUCCUUGUGGCAGUCUGCUGAGGUCACGCUUAGCUCAUGACCCCUGGACCUAAAAACACCUCUAAAAGCAGAAAAAGUGGCCAUCCUAACAGGCAGCUGUUACCCCAGGGAGGGAACCUGCUUUUGUUGCCAGCUGGGCCCAAGCUGCAGUUCGUGAAUCUUCCACGUCUGAGAAGUGCCUUUCUAAGUGCAGAUGGAGUUAAUGCCUUCCUCACACCUGCAUCUGUCCCUUCCUUUCCCUUCUGAAGCCUCCUGAGGUGGGGGAAUGCCUUGCCAUCCUCCUCCCUCUGGGAACCCCCAGUUAAAACUGAAAUGUUCCAGCACAAGCAGUAGUUGCUGCAGUUAAUGUGUGCUGACAGCAGCUGCUGUGCAGGGGGGCAGAGAGCUGGGCAGCACCCCUGGCUGUGGGCUGCCUCCCUCCAGUAAGUGAUGGGGUACAAGGACUAGAAACUUCCAUUAGGGGACAGGAUGUCAAGUGCCUGGUGUCCGCAAGUUCCCAUAGAUAGUACAUUUCAUAUUCUGAGUUAAAUAGACUCUUGAAGUAGUGAUUUAGUACUUUUUUUGUAUAGAAAAGUUUUGUCCUCAGCAGGUGACUUUAAAACUACCCUGUGUUGGUUGACAUUUAUGUUCAGUUGUCUAAGAUGUUCUUGCCAACUCUGCAAAAAAUGAGCUUUCUGGGGCUUUAAAUAUGCUUCCUCAUGGUGUGAGUUUAUUUGAAUGACUAGCAAAAAAAUAACCUGUCACAUUAUUGGAAGACACUUGGAUCUUAAAAUAUAGACUAUUUCCCUUAAACGUAUUGCCAAUGUAAUCAAAACAGUUGCUCCUCUGAGUGUUGCAUAGCCCAACACCUAAGGGUGAUGGCCGGUCAAGGCAGUCGGCAUCCUUGGAAGCCCCCAGUCCUCGGAAGAUCCAGAUGAAGAUUGACAUGUUUUUAGAGUGAUAACCCAAACGUGUUCCCUUUUUAACUCAGAAAAGCCAGGUGCUUUGCUGCUAUGUGCAUUCCGAACUCUGCACUUACAUUUGGAAGGUGUAGUAAGUGGAGUAAAAUUACAUGCCUUUGUCGUUUUUUUACAUAUCGCAAAAGCAUUUUCCACUAAGGUUUAAUGUGCCGCUCAUGCUAUGAGUCUUUAAGCUUUAAACACCACCUCCCUAGAGGCCUCCGGGAGUCACAGGGUGGCUCCCAUGUACCUGUCUCGAUGGAGCAGAUUUUGCAGGAAAUCUGUUCCCGGCCCGGCGAGAGCUCUGUGGCAGUUUGACGGCAUAGAAGACUCGUCAGUAUUCUGAGGUCUCGUGUUACUAAGCCCUUCCCUCCGACCUGUGUUUUUCUUUCAGUAGACCCCUCAAACAGGAGGACUCUAGCCAUAAAUGUGCAUUUGAGGGGUAUUACAUCAUGUCACUGCUGUGACUUAAGUUUUGCUGUAAAGGUGACCAAUCAAUCUUGCUUCAUAGGAUGCUGCCUGCUGACUGUGCAAAGAUCACUGCUUGUUGCAGUUUUAAAAUGGAGUGGGAGGGCAGAGCUCCGGGCUGUUCGCUCUGAGCAGGGCCAGGCUGCAUGCUGGAUGCAGGCACCCACCAAUAAACACCUGUGCACAGCCACCCUCUGCGGCUUUG